AUGCAAUUAUAUAAGAAUAAAAAAAAGGUGGUGGCAACGACAUGUGGUGGUGGUGAUGGCACUGGGGGUGGCGGCGUUGGUGGCAAUUGUGGUGGUGGUCAUGAUGGUGAGAGUGGUGGUGGAGGUGGCAGCGACGAUGGUGGUGGUGGCAAUAGUGGUGGGGAUGGCAAUGUUGGUAGGGUUGGUAGUAGGGGUGGCAAUGGCGAUGGCACGGGUGGUAGAGGUAGCGGCAGUGGCGGUGAUAGCCAUGACAAGAUGGUGGUAGUAGAGGUGGUGAAAUCAUAUCUUGAUAAUAAAAAUAAUAUAUCUAUCAAAAUCUUUGGGGGGAAGCAAAGAUUUGUCAUGGCCUAA